AUGGAAUGGAUUAAGGUGUGCACAGAGUGUCACCAGGCCGAGCUGCGCCUAGCCUUUGAUGGUAGUACUCCCUCGUUUGGGUGUUUUGAUAAGACAGGGAGUAUCUCACAACAUACUGACAGUGACAGUAUUGUAGAACUAGAUACUAACAGUGGCGGUAUUGUAGGACCUGAAACUGACACUGACGGUAUUGUAGAACUAGAUACUAACAGUGACGGUAUUGUAGAACCUGACAAUGACGGUAUUGUAGGACCUGACACUGACACUGACGGUAUUGUAGAACUAGAUACUAACAGUGGCGGUAUAGUAGGACCUGAAACUGACACUGACGGUAUUGUAGAACUAGAUACUAACAGUGACGGUAUUGUAGAACCUGACAAUGACGGUAUUGUAGGACCUGACACUGACAAUGAAGGUAUUGUAGAACUAGAUACUAACAGUGACGGUAUUGUAGGACCUGACACUGACGGUAUUGUAGGACCUGACACUGACACUGACGGUAUUGUAGAACUAGAUACUAACAGUGACGGUAUUGUAGGACCUGAAACUGACACUGACGGUAUUGUAGAACUAGAUACUAACAGUGAUGGUAUUGUAGAACCUGACAAUGACGGUAUUGUAGGACCUGACACUGACACUGACGGUAUUGUAGAACUAGAUACUAACAGUGACGGUAUUGUAGGACCUGACACUGACACUGACGGUAUUGUAGGACCUGACACUGACGAUACUGACACUGACGGUAUUGUAGAACUAGAUACUAACAGUGGCGGUAUUGUAGGACCUGAAACUGACACUGACGGUAUUGUAGAACUAGAUACUAACAGUGACGGUAUUGUAGAACCUGACAGUGACGGUAUUGUAGGACCUGACACUGACACUGACGGUAUUGUAGAACUAGAUACUAACAGUGACGGUAUUGUAGGACCUGACACUGACGGUAUUGUAGGACCUGACACUGACACUGACGAUACUGACAGUGACGAUAUUGUAGAACUAGAUACUAACAGUGACGGUAUUGUAGAACCUGACAAUGACGGUAUUGUAGAACCUGACACUGACACUGACGGUAUUGUAGAACUAGAUACUAACAGUGACGAUAUUGUAGAACUAGAUACUAACAGUGACGGUAUUGUAGAACCUGACAAUGACGGUAUUGUAGAACCUGACACUGACACUGACGAUACUGACACUGUCGGUAUUGUAGAACUAGAUACUAACAGUGACGGUAUUGUAGAACCUGACAAUGACGGUAUUGUAGAACCUGACACUGACACUGACGGUAUUGUAGAACUAGAUACUGACACUGACGGUAUAAUGGGACCUUACACUGACACUGACGGUAUUGUAGAACUAGACACUGACAGUGACGGUAUUGUAGGACUAGACACUGACACUGACGGUAUUGUAGGACUAGACACUGACACUGACGGUAUUGUAGGACUAGACACUGACAGUGACGGUAUUGUAGGACUAGACACUGACAGUGACGGUAUUGUAGGACUAGACACUGACACUGACGGUAUUGUAGAACCUGACACUGACACUGACAGUAUUGUAGGACUAGACACUGACAGUGACGGUAUUGUAGGACUUGACACUGACACUGACGGUAUUGUAGAACCUGACACUGACACUGACAGUAUUGUAGGACUAGACACUGACGGUAUUGUAGGACUAGACACUGACAGUGACGGUAUAAUGGGACCUUACACUGACACUGACGGUAUUGUAGAACUAGAUACUGACAAUGACGGUAUUGUAGGACUAGACACUGACGACAGUGGCGGUAUUGACGGUAUUGACAGUUAA